ACGUGAAUAUUCACGUGAUAUUCAUUUUCAGGCGUUUAGUCUGGACGGAGAUCAUCUCGAACACGAUGCUGAACCGGCGUGUGGACGGAGAUCGUUUUCGUUUUAAAGCGGCUGCAUUAGUGUCAGUAUGCAGCAGUGACUUUUGUCACUUUAAAGCACUACAUUUUCUCUGUCACGCUCGGAGAUAAAAGGUGUCGUGAUGAGUCCAUGAGUACAUCUCGUGUGGACUCUGUACUGCACUCAGCGUGUCCUCUCUCUCCUCUGUGUGUGCACACCUUCCCUCAUAAUCCUGUUUUCUCCCUAAACGCCAGCGUUUUGUCUCUGCUUUUUGGUGUGUUGUAAGCAUGAUGGUAAUCCAAAGGGGUAUAAAGAAAACAUUAACAAAUAUUCUAAAAUCAGAAACCAAAUACCUACCAAACAAGCUAGAAGUCCAUCAGUCCAACAUUAUGGUCCAGCCAUACACAUUUCCCAGUUGGUCCAAAACUUGAAGUGGUUUCACGCUUGGAAGAAUAUAACUGGUGUGUGUGCAAAGCAUCCUGCUUCCAUACUGUUGUGUUGUUGACAUACAAAACGAAGGUGAGACGUUUAUAAUACACCCAGGGCCCACACUCACUCUCCCUGAAGGACAGCCAUGUCCUGGUGUUAUUGAUAGAUGAAUAUGGCACAGCUACUGUAGGAAGACUUGGUUUAGAUGGAAGGAAUCAGGAUGCAGAGAGAAAGGUUUGCAUCAACAGUAGACAUGUAUCAAUAACAGUCAUUGAAGGAAAAUCAGAGGAUAUAUUGUAUAAGAAACAUUGAUUUUUGUCAUAUUCAUUUAUUCAAAUCUGCAUCAGCCAGUUUAUCAAAGUACUUAAUUUCAGAUGCAGAUAAUACAGAACACACUGAUAAACAGUGUGAAUGCUAGGUGUUGCCCAUAAAUAAUGCUAAUAUGUCUGAAACAGAGAAGCCAGCAGCCUGCUCAACAGACUAAAGUUAGUCUCAUGCCACUUUCCUCUCCAAACACUCAGAUGAGCCGUCUAUAAAUAGACUAAAAGGAAUGUGAAUGAGAAGGACGCAAAAGAGGAAGAUGGGGGAAGGGAUAGCUGAUAGAGGGAGACUGAGACAAUCAGAAGAGGGGAAAGAUCAAAGUUGGAAAGAGACAGAAAACAUGAGAAAGAUAUGAUAAAAAUAUGAAACAAGAGAAGUGUGAGGAUUAGACUUGAAUUCCCUUUCACAUGUUUUCUCUCUCUCUCUCAGUCCUGUCUUCAUUUCCUCGAUAAUACUCCAUAUUUAUGACUGACGGUCCAAAAGAGCCUUGUUGUGUUGCAGCAUGGCCUUGUGCUCUUUAGUGACCACUGGUUUCCUGCUUGCCACCAAUGUCUUAUAUUUACUCAAGCGGAAACACUGGGAGAUAUGGAGCUUCUUCAAACUUCCACUCAUUUAUUUUCCAACAGAAAGAAGUCUAUUUUUCUGCUAAGCAUUCUCAGCUCACUGCUAAAAUACGUUGCAUCACUUUCAAACUGGUGUGGGAGUCUUUUUCCCUCGUAGAUCUCAGCCUGAUGGUGCACUGAAGCUUUGGUGGAGCUUUUCACUGCUUACACUCGGUGGUCACUCUACGAGGUUCACCUUUCCACAGACCACGGACACUUGGGGACCAGGAUAGGCCUUGGUCCCUUCUAGGAGUCUUGUGAAGUUUUACGAAGAAAAGCCUGAAGUGUCUGUUUUUUCUCAAAACCAAAGCCAAACAUUUGGUCACCAUUGACUCCUGCAAUGCAAUUAGACAUUUACCUAUCAAAGGGCUGCUCGUAAUGGUAUUUUUUUAAUUAACCGAUCUAACAACUAAUUUAUUGAUUGUUCUACAGAUGUUUAUUUAAAUACCCGAUUUAAUAUAACAAUAUACCCAAAAUAGAAUUAUAGAUUAAUAUUUCAAUAUAUUUUUUCAAAUAUCUUCACUUAAAAACAAGACAAUAGAUCCUAUUUUGAUCAGAAAAUACUGGAUUUGAAAUACAAAAGGAUUGCUGUGACAAACAGAUUCAUUUCAUCACUAUAUGUCAUAACAUCCUUUUCCCUGAACUAGAGAAUCAGUACUUUUACUUAAAAAAAAAAAAAAAAAAGUUAUAACAUGGAUUUAUUUCAUCACUUAAGAUAAUCAAAUGUAUUUUUUCCUCAAUGUGGGGCAAGGGAAAUAUUUUAAGUAAUUUACAGACUGUAACAACUGUUGUCAGCUAAAGCCUUUUUCUCACUAAUACAUGGCCGUUAAAGUAAACUGAAAAUAUAAAAGAGCUGAAUGACAACACGAUGAUGAUGAUGAUGAUGCAUGGUGUAACAUUACAUGACAGCAGUAGUGCAAAAAUUAUUUUUUACAUGGAGGCACUGAAGAAACAUUUAGAAAUUCAAUUUGAAAAGACAACAACUCUCUUUGCCGAGAUAUUGCGCAGCGGCACCGCUUCGGGAUAUCGUGUUGCGUAGUCCACCAGGACUAACACAAAGCGAUAUCCCCGUGCACUCCGGUGAAAUGGCCCGAUGAGGUCCAUGCCAAUGUGCUCAAACCGGACCUCAAUUAGUGGCAAUAGGCGCAACGGCGCUCUUGGGAUGGCCGGUUGGUUCACUAGUUGGCAUUCAGGGCAAGAGGCACACCAACAGCGCACAUCUCCCGGAAUCCCAGGCCAAUAGAAUCGGGCCAUUAUCCGGUCUAGUGUUUUGUCAUACCCCAUGUGACCAGCCAUUGGGUUAUAGUGAGCCGCCCGGAAAACCAUUUCCCGACGGCUUCCCGGCACCAACAAUUGGGUGAUAUCUUCUCCUAUCUGAGUCUCACACUAUACAGUCUAUCCCUAACCAAUGAAAAGUGUGGAUACGUCAGGGUGUACCACAUGACCAUCAAUUUUCAUCACUUGGUCGAAGGCAAAGCGUAGAGUAUUGGCGCGAGACUGCUCAAGUGGACAAACUUCCAUGGAGUGUAUUUCGGGAACCUGCGGGGCCCCGCCAGUUCCCCCUCCCCUCAGCAGUGUCGGACGACCUCGCAUCACCACUGAGGCCAGCAACCCGGAUCACCUGGCCAACCUCCAUGAGUGGACACUCUCUGCGGAAGUGACCGGGCCGCCCGCACCUCCAACACUCCUGCCCCGACACCUGAGGGCCCCCCUGUGGGUUGGGAACAGUGCCUGUUGCAGCUGGAGCCUGGGAAAGGGUGGAAACAGAGGGAGAGUUAGGGCGGGGUUGGAAAGGGUGAGCUGGUGCGGGGUGCUGGACUGAGGCUGGCGUGAGGAACUUUCUGCGGGGAGUUGGUCGGGCAGGCGCUGGUGUACGCCCCUCUUCCGCCUGACCCCUAGGGUGGACGGCCAGAUGAUCCUCGGCGAGGAUGAUGGCAGCCCCCAUGUCCCCAGGUUGGUGGCACCUCACCCACUCAGACGUCCCAGCUGGGAGUCCCUCCACAAACUGUUCAAUCACAACCUUUUCCACCAUCCUCUGCUUACCAGCAGACUCCCCUGGCUGUAGCCACCUGCUCGUUGCGUCCCUCAGCUGCUGAACAUAAACGAAGGGACGGUCAGCGGGGUGUCCAUUUGGUGCCCCGGAACCGGCGACUGUGGUCCUCAGGGGAGAAGCCACUUCUAUCCAGGACAGCUUUUUUGAUGUCCUGGAAAUUCCCCCGCGAGGACGCCGGCAGGCCAAGCGCCGCGGUUUGGGCCUUCCCUGACAAUAAGGGAAGCGGGUGCAUGGCCCAUUCCCCCGCUGGGCACCCACAUGCCGCCGCCCCCUCAAACAUCUCCAAAAAGGUCUGAGGGUCAUCCAUCACAGACAUUUUAUGCAGAGCGAUGCCCAAGAGCUGGUAAGGAGGAGAUGAUGACGCGGCCCCCGACUGGGACAGCAGUCUUUCCAGGACCUUGGUCUGUCUCUCCGCCUGGGUGUGGAGAGCCUCCAAGUGCCGCCGAUUUGCCUCCGACUGCUCCUGAUGCAUGGCCGCGAUCUCCCCCAGCAUCUGUGCCAAUGCCGCCACUGGCUGUAACUGCUGCGGCUCUGUCAUCUUCUGUUGAGUCCCUGUUCAGGUGCCAGUGUAGCCGUCUCACUGCUACUCGCGGGUCCUCCUCAACACUAACACACUUUACAGCAGCCAAUGUUCACACAAACGUGCUUUAUUGCAAACAGAAAAUGUAAACUGCCGUGCGCUCUCUCACGCUGCCCAGCUCCUCGAAGCACACGCAGUCCAGUGUCCACAAUUCGGUCCGCUCCUCAUGGGCUGGUGCUCCUCUCUCUUUGUCCUCUGUGUGUCACCGGCCACCAGAACUCCAGCCUGCUACUGCUUAAACGAAUGAGGGAUAAUUAGCAACAGGUUGCAGCUGUGCCAAUUAACCACUCCCACAGAUCUCCCCCUGGAGCUGAGCACAGACCACGCCCACUACCACAGAGACAGCCAGAGUUCUCAGCAUCUACUGGAGUCAAAUGUUUUCUUCUCUCUGCCAUGAAGUGAGUCCAACGCUGUACUGAGCCGGAGACAAAGAGACAGAGAGAGGACGUUUGACGCUGUUAUUUUCCUCUGAGAUGUUAGCUUGUGAAAUACUGAUAGCAGAACCGUUAACUCCGGACCUUAUCGAUACUCCAGGUGUUUAGAUUAACUUAGAACUGGUUUCCAUUUAAAACAGGGUUUUGGGGGUCAUCCCUAUGGAACAGUAGCAUGAUAUUUUUUAUAAUGUUAACAUGUGCAACUCUAUGCAUUUGAAAGGCAACACAGUGCAUUGCUGUAUGACAUUGCAUUUCAUUGUGGCUAAAGCUGAAGCAGGUUGAACUUUUCUGCUGCAUGACCGAGCAUCUUUGUAUGUUGGGUCCUCUGGUAGGCAAAUGAAGCAAGCUGCAGACGAGCUGGAUGUGUGUGUAACUGUGGUUGACUGUGUGUGUUGCAGGAUAAUGGCGAGGACUCCCAUCGUAUCUCUCCCAGCCCUGUGGUCCAUGUCAGGGGUCUGUGUGAGGCCGUGGUGGAAGCAGACCUGAUAGAUGCCCUGGAGAAGUUUGGGUCCAUAUGCUAUGUGAUGAUGAUGCCGUUUAAGCGUCAGGCCCUGGUGGAGUUCUCUGCGGUGGAGAGUGCCGACCGCUGUGUGUCCUGUGGAGCCAAGGAGCCCGUAUACAUCGCAGGACAACAGGCGUACUUUAAUUACUCCACCUCCAAGAGAAUCACCAGGCCGACCAACGCUGACAACCCCAACAGUGGCAACAAGGUCCUCCUGCUGUCCAUACAGAAUCCCCUCUACCCUAUAACCACGGAUGUCCUGUACACAGUGUGUAACCCCAUCGGCAGCGUGCUGAGGAUCGUCAUCUUCAAACGAAAUGGAAUCCAGGCCAUGGUGGAGUUUGAGUCCGUUCAGUGUGCUCAGAAGGCCAAAGCUGCUUUGAACGGAGCUGACAUCUACGCUGGUUGUUGUACGCUCAAGAUUGAAUAUGCACGGGUAAGAGACAGGGAACGCAUCAGCAGUCACAAGUCAUCCUGUAAGGUUGAUAUCAGCUUCAGUAAGUCACAGAAACCACCUCGUAGGUUCCUAGGAACGCCCAGUAAAAAGCAUGACAAUAGUCAAGACACGUAAACAACAGCAUGAAUAUUUUCAGUUCUUUUCAUACAGUUUUAUACCUGUUCUCCAUACUCUGAUAGCAACAUGCCACGGCACACUUUAGAGUUAGUAUGAGACGCACCAGGGCCACAGGAGGAAUAGUUUGACCGUGAUAAUGUUGUUCUUAGUGGUAAAAUCCCACAUAGUGAUUUGAGAAUUUGUGCUUCAAAACCAAAUCACUAUCAAUAAAAUAUGAAUAUUAAAUCAUAUUAAAAUAUGAUGAAAUGUUGAGAGAAUGUGGAGUAAAAUGUGGAAUGUGCUUUUCUAAUUUGGACUCUUACGUGAUAACAUUAAUUCUAUAUAUUCAUAUAGCAUAAAAUCUCUCUCUGUCUCUGUCUCUCUCUCUAUGUAUCGCUCUCUGUCUGUCUAUGUAUCUCUCUCUCUGUCUC